AUGCACAACCACCUGAAAGCGAGACACCCCGUAGAAGUGACUUCGGGACAGCAGCAGUCAGUUGCCGCGUUCAUGGUGAGGUCUACUAAGAUGAAUGCUAGGCGUGCUGAACAGCUAACGGCGCUUCUCGCGAAGAUGGUAGCAAAAGAUAUGCUGCCUAUAAGCUUUGUGGAAGGAGAGGGGUUUCGAGAGUUGAUGAACUUUGUUGAGCCUGAAUACAAAGUUCUAUGUCGGAAAACAAUCACUAGCAGACUCGAAAAACUUCACAUUGAAAAUGCAAGCAUCCUACGCAAUGAUUUAGAGAAUGCCGAUAAAGUGUCCCUAACCACAGAUUCGUGGACGGCACUGACCACUGAAUCAUAUGUCACAGUCACCUGUCAUUACAUGCUUGAAUGGGAGAUGCGGAGCGCUGUUCUGCAGACCAAAGCCAUGCCUGAGCGGCAUACGGCUGAUAAUCUGGCAAAUGUCCUGUCUAAUGCGAGGGAUCACUGCGGUCUCACUGGAAAAGUCACUGCCUGUGUACACGACAAUGCCAGUAACAUUGUUCUCGCCAAUUCCCAGGCUGGGCUGGGAUGGGACUCGCAGCCUUGUUUUGCGCACACCCUUCAACUCGCUACAAAUGACGGGUUCAAAUUGCAAAACAUAAACCACGUCGUUAAAGCUGCCAAUCGCCUUGUAUCUCACUUUCACCAUAGCACGGUGGCAACAGAAGCACUGAAGCAAAAGCAACAGCUCCAAAACGUCCCUGGCCACAAGUUAGUGCAAAGCUGCCGUACCCGAUGGAAUUCAAUAUAUGACAUGUUCGAACGCUUGCUAGAGCAGAGAUGGGCUGUGUGCGCUGUCUUGUCGGACAGGACUGUCACUAAGCUACCAGACGCGCGCACACUGGAACUGGCCGAUGAUAGCUGGACUGUGAUGGGGGAACUGAUGCCAGUGCUGCACUCCCUGAAAUGCGCCACUACCGCCUUGUGCGGAGAGUCAAAUGUCUCUCUAUCCAUGAUUUACCCGGUGGUUGCAAAUCUUCUGUCUAAGCAUCUCAAGGAAGUCCCAGAGGAGUCCAACAAAGUCACAAAUUUCAAAAAAAAUGUGGCGACCUCAUUGAAAGCGCGGCUUGCACCUGCGGAUACCAGCAGCGCACGAAAAGUCGCCUACAUUGCCUCAUUUUUAGAUCCCAGGCACAAACACCUGAGGUUCACAACUGAUGAGGUGCGUGACACAGUUCAGGCCGAGGUGAGAACCCUCCUGUCCAUGGCCGAUGACCAAGAGACCGAAGAGGCAGCGGAAUGUGAUGAAGGGCCCUCCGAGCCAAAACAUCCCCGAAAGGAUUGCUUAUCUGCAGCGGCAAUCGCGGUCCUAUUUGGAGAGGAGUACAGUGCAGAGGGGGCAACAUACACCACUGAACUGACUCAGUACUGCCAGGAUGUGUGCCCACCGCUCCACACUGACCCACUGACAUGGUGGAAAGCAAAUCAAAAAAGAUACCCCCGCCUGGCAAAGUUGGCGAGCGCCUAUUUGUGUGUGCCUGCAACGUCCGUGCCGUCGGAGCGCGUGUUCUCCGCUGCCGGCUUAAUAGUUAAUAGGCUGCGCACACGUCUCCACCCCGAACACGUUGACAUGUUGAUUUUUCUGAAUAAAAAUAUGCAAUAG